CUCAAAUUUCACAUAAUCCUUUCUGUUCGUUCUCUAUAAAACUCAUAUGCACACCAAUUUGAUGGUUGAAGGAGCCUUCCCCUCCACUUGAUUUCAUUUCUCAUUUUCCCCACUCAGCUUCCAAAUUUCCGUUGGGUUUGUUAGGAUAUAUUGAGAUGGCUGACAAGAUAGAGAAAGUUACCUGCCACGAUGACAUCACAUUACCGAUCAAGGCCCAGACGAUUGACGAACUCCAUCACCUACAGAAGAAGCGAUCCUCGCCGACUACUCCAAUAGGUGCUGCUCAGACGGUCUUUUCUACAAUUUCUGAAGAAGAUCGCCAAAGACAACAACUCCAAUCAAUCAGUGCAUCGUUGGCUUCCUUGACGAGAGAAACUGGGCCGAAUGUGGUGAAGGGAGACCCGGCCCGAAAAGGUGGAAGUGCGAAGGUUGCACACGUGGCGCACCACCAUGUCGCACCCACCAUCAACAUCAGCGACAGCUCAUUGAAAUUCACACACAUCCUCUACAAUCUCUCCCCCGCAGAGUUGUACGAGCAAGCCAUAAGGUACGAGAAGGGGUCGUUUCUAACUUCCACGGGAGCAUUGGCGACGCUGUCCGGAGCCAAAACCGGGCGGUCCCCCAGAGACAAGCGAGUUGUCAAAGAUGAAACUACAGAGAAUGAGCUGUGGUGGGGAAAGGGAUCUCCAAAUAUUGAAAUGGACGAGCACACUUUCUUGGUGAAUAGAGAGAGAGCCGUGGAUUACUUGAACUCUCUGGACAAGGUAUUUGUGAACGACCAAUUCUUGAAUUGGGAUCCCGAGAACAAGAUCAAAGUUAGAAUCGUUUCUGCCAGGGCUUACCACUCGCUGUUUAUGCACAACAUGUGCAUUCGACCAACGGACGAAGAGCUGGAGAAAUUUGGGGCUCCGGACUUCACCAUAUACAACGCGGGGCAGUUCCCUUGCAACCGUUUCACACAUUACAUGACAUCUUCGACGAGCGUGGAUAUGAAUUUGAGAAGGCGGGAGAUGGUGAUUCUUGGAACCCAAUACGCGGGUGAGAUGAAGAAAGGGCUGUUUAGUGUCAUGCAUUAUCUCAUGCCCAAGCGCCAAAUCCUCUCUUUGCAUUCUGGCUGCAACAUGGGCAAAGAUCGCGAUGUCGCCCUCUUCUUUGGAUUGUCAGGCACGGGAAAGCCUCAAGCGACGUUCUCGGCCUGCUUUGGUGCGGCGUUCAUAAUGUUGCAUCCUACCAGAUAUGCGGCCAUGCUAGCCGAAAAGAUGAAGAAGCACGGCGCCACCGGCUGGCUCGUCAACACCGGCUGGUCCGGCGGCCAAUAUGGCUCUGGUAGCCGGAUUAAGCUUUCCUACACCAGAAAAAUCAUCGACGCCAUACAUUCCGGCGAGCUCCUCAAUGCUGAUUACCGUAAAACCAAAGUCUUCGGCCUCGAAAUCCCCGCUGCCAUUGAAGGAGUCCCGUCCGACAUUUUGGACCCAAUAAACACUUGGUCGGACAAGAAGGCGUACGAGGACACGCUGCUGAAGCUGGCGGGUCUGUUCAAGAACAACUUCGAAACAUUUACCAAUUACAAGAUUGGAGAAGACAACACUCUGACAGAGGAAAUCCUUGCCGCCGGUCCAAACUUUUGAAAUUCAAAUUAAUAAAAAAAUAAAAUAAAGGGUUUCCAGUUCCAGUAGUGGAAAUAAUUCAUCUGUAAAAUGGUCAGCGUCUAUUUAUUAUUAUUAUUAUUUUUAUUUUCCUUUAAUUCUUUUUAAUGACGAUUUGUUAAGGCUUAAGAGAGCUAUAUUUAUUUAUGUUGCUUCCCUCCCACUUGUUUUGAAGGCCAAGAGUUGGGAUAUAGGGGAGAGAGAUUUGUUUCUAGUUUAAUAAUACAUGGCCAUGUAAAAAUACCAGAAUUCUCGAUAUAUUUAUUUGAGUUAAUAUACUUGCAGAUUCUGAAGAA